AUAGUAUUCGUGUUACCUGUGAGUACAGAUUUAAAUGGUGGAAAAUAAAAAUCAGUUUCGUAUAUUGAGGUGAAACCAUGAAAUGGUCACUCUUUCUAUUCUUGCGUUUGUCUGCGUAAUCAAGUUGGCAGGAGGCACACAGGUAUUCUGGGAAUUACCGAAUUGUAACGCAAUCGCUGAAUAUAACGGCCACACAUUGAAAAUAGAGAGGGCAUGCGAACAAGCAUCCUCGUUAUAUACUUUCCUCCUUUACCAAACAGUAGGGUUUAAAACGGAAUGUCAAUGGACCAGCUUUACUAGACAAAGUUUUUCUAUCUGUGAGAGUUUAACAACAUUGCCACAGAAAAAAACUUGGACAGUUUUUGAACAUGUCUACAAUGGAACCUAUUGUUUGGCUGUUUACCAUGGGGAAUGGACAAGUAGCCUGCCUGUAUGUAAUUCAGAAGUUCCUUUUUACUUAGAAACAAAAUUGACGGAACUAGAUGUCAUCCAAUGGAAUCCCACAUUAAACAUCCAACAACAUGGCUCUAACGAUCUUUUCAUCCGAUUGGGGAUGAAUCAAAGCGAUGGCUUUAACUUUAAUACUUUUGACAUUGAAGUGUAUAAUAUCGAGGAAGAUGUUACAAAUUGCGACCUGCUAGCUAUGCUGCCACCUAACUAUUCUAUUAAAGUAAGGAUUUCGAGAGAUAGAAUCAUCUUAAGUAAUUUAACAGAGGGAUUCUACUGUUUCAAAGUUACCCCAGUCGAUCCAAGAUGUAUUCAUCCUUUUUCUGUGACGUACCUUCCGUGUACCAGAUCAAGUAACAGCACACAAAUCAUCUUUCCCAUCGGUAGAAACGAUCCCACAGUUAUUGUUUUCGGAGCGAUGUCUAUUUUCUUUAUUAUUUGUGCGAUAGCUGCAAUAUUUCUAAAAAAGAAAAAAAAGAAAAAGAAUGGGAGAAGUGAAUUUGACGAGCCAUUAAUGCCUUCAAUAUUUCUUCUGCACUCUAAUGAGGAGAGGCAUCAACACAAUAUUCAAAUGCUAAAGAAAACACUGCAGGAAAGGCUAUCAUUGAGUGAGAUUGAUGAUUACACCGAUGAGCAUCAAUGGAUGAAUGUGGCUGUAGAGGGAAUCAGUUGGUUCCUAUCUCGGUUAAAUCAGAAGGGAAAAUGUAUCAUAGUCAUCGAACCAAUUCUUGAAGAAGCCUUAGAAUCAGAUCACCAAAGUCAAUUAGUUGAAAAUAACUAUUUUUUGAUAGGAUUGCAACAACUUCAGACUUUAGCUUCAUCACCUGAUUACAAAAGAGUUUUAACUGUCUGGUUUCAAAAUAGAUUUGAAUCCACAAAUGAUCAACUAAAACGGUUUGGUAAUCCAUUCCAAAAUUUUAAGUUACCAUCAGAAUUGGAUCUUCUCAUUCAGCAAAUUGAGAAUUUAGGGAGUGAAUAAAUCAGACUAGUUUAAAUCCAUUCUGCCCUGAUUCCAAUAAUAAAACAUUUUAAUUUGA